ACGACUUGGCUUCAGUCUGUACUUAUAACGGUAACCAGGCUCCACACGUCAGAUCUAACAUUUGAGUGCUGAAGUGAAAACGCUUGUGAGCAAGUGUACAAGUUUCGUUCAGUCGUCGUCGUUGGCAAUUGUGCCUGUUUCAUCAAUAGAAGAGGGUAUAUUUGAAGACAAACAAGAUGCUGCAUAGAACGCUGAGGUUGCUGUGCAUUGCUGCUGUUGUGUUCAGCAGCAUUGAAGCCAAAGACAAGAAGGAAGACGUUGGCACAGUGAUUGGAAUCGACUUGGGAACCACAUAUUCAUGUGUUGGUGUCUUCAAGAAUGGGCGUGUCGAGAUCAUCGCGAAUGACCAGGGUAAUCGCAUCACUCCUUCAUAUGUAGCCUUCACGCAAGACGGUGAGCGUCUGAUCGGAGAUGCUGCCAAGAAUCAGCUGACGACCAACCCUGAAAACACAGUAUUUGAUGCCAAGAGACUUAUUGGCAGAGAAUGGAACGACAAAACGGUGCAAAGCGACAUCAAGCUCUUCCCAUUCAAGGUUAUUGAGAAGAGCAACAAACCUCACAUCAAGGUGGCCACUUCUCAAGGCGACAGAGUGUUUGCUGCAGAAGAAAUCAGUGCCAUGGUUCUGGGCAAGAUGAAGGAAGUUGCAGAGGCCUACUUGGGCAAGGAAGUGACGCACGCUGUCGUCNGAGGAUCGCAAGUUUUGUGUUAG